AUGGCCGGAGAUUGCAAGUUUGGCUGUGCUGGCACGUCGCGGAAAGAAAUGAUUAAAAAAGCCGAAAAUCUCACCAAACGCCUCAUUGACUACCAAGUGCUGAAGGGCAAAUACGCGCAGAUGUCAGAGCUGGAAUUGACCAAUCUCUGCAACUUCAUGCCAGACCUCCUCAUGGAAGACCCCGUAGUCGUCGACAUCGAACUCACAACGCCGAUCUACGUUUUGGGCGACAUCUAUGGCCAAUUUGGUGACCUGCUGAGGGUCUUCAUGUUGCUUGGUUACCCACCAGAGAAGACGUACUUGUUCCUCGGAAACUACAUCAACCGAGGCAGUAGGUCUAUCGAAACGCUGGCCCUCCUCUACGCUCUGAAAUUGCGCUUUCCGAAGCACGUUUACCUCCUAAGGGGUAACCACGAGUGUCCGCAUAUCUCGCGACAUUACGGCUUCUUUGACGAGUGUGUAAAGCGCUAUAACCGUCGGCUGUGGCGCGCGUUCGUCACCACCUUUGACUACCUGCCGCUGAUAGCGGUGAUUGAGGAGAAGGUAUUCUGCUGUCACAGUGGAAUGUCACCCAGCGUCCAGUAUUCCGGAGUUUCCAGCCUCCAAGAGUUCAGAGACUACGUGGCGAAGCUAACCCCCAGACCGACGGAGAUCAAUACGAGCAUCCUGAUGACCCACUACACUUGGUCAGAGCCGGAUCACGAGAUUGCCUCGUGGGAACAGAAUCCUGCAGGUCUCGCCUACUUAUAUGGGCCUUUAGUAGUAAGCGACUUCUGUGAUAAGCUGAAUAUACAGCAGAUAAUCAGGUCCAACGAACUGCUUGAGAAGGGCUAUGAAUUUUUCAGUGAUCAGCGACUACUGACAAUCUUCUCAGUACCGAAUUACCUGGGAACCUUCACAAACGACGGAGCGCUUGUGGAAAUUACGAAAAAUGCCGAAGCGGGGGAAAUUUCUUGUCGUGUUAAAAUAAUCAAGCCCAUCAUGCAGCUGAGGACGAAGAUGACGGGGAGAAUGAAUAUCAUGAUUCAGGAUUCCUUGGAGACCAAGCAAGAGGUGAAAGAUGAUGAGUUGGAGGGCUUUUGA